AUGUUGCUCUCUCGAAGGCUGUGUAUUCUUCCUUCUUCCACUGGGUUGCUGAACUACCAUUCAGUGGUCAGUGAAGGCUCUGCUGUGGCCUCUCACCAAACAUCGGCAACUCCUUUGCCUUAUGACCAACUGCCUGGUGACUGGAAGAAAGGAUGGAGUAGCUUGUACCAUUUCUGGAAAAAGGACGGAUUUAAGAAUAUUCAUCAUCUCAUGGUGGAAAAUUACCAACGUUUUGGACCUAUUUACAGGGAGACUCUGGGAACACAGAACAGUGUCUACAUUCAGCAUCCAGAGGAUGCUGCUGCAUUAUUCCUUGUGGAAGGGAUACAUCCUGAACGUCUUCGGGUUCAGCCAUGGUAUGAGUAUCGUGAUUUUCGCAAUAAAAGAUAUGGAGUGCUGUUAAAGAGUGGAGAAGAAUGGCGUUGCCAAAGACUUAUACUGAAUCGAGAGGUCCUUUCUGUGUCAGGGAUGCAUCGCUUCCUGCCUCUCCUGGACAAUGUUGGACAGGACUUUGUUCGUAGAGUUUACUCUCAGGUGGAAAGAAGUGGUCGAGGAAAGUGGACAGCUGACCUGACCAAUGAGCUCUUUCGAUUUGCAUUGGAGUCUGUUUCCUAUGUGCUUUAUGGACAACGUCUUGGCCUGCUGCAAGAUUAUAUAAACCCUGAAUCUCAAGAAUUCAUAGACUCUGUAACUACCAUGUUCCACACCACCAGCCCCAUGCUUUACAUUCCUCCACGGCUUCUGAGGUUAAUUAACUCCUCCAUUUGGGAAAACCAUGUAAAGGCCUGGGAUUCAAUCUUCAACCAUGCUGAUCGUUGUAUACAGGGUAUCUACAGCUCUCUAAGGCAUCGCUCUGACAAUACAUAUGCAGGAGUCCUUUCCAAUCUCCUUCUUCAGGAUAAGCUUCCACUUGAAGACAUUAAAGCUAGUAUCACUGAACUGAUGGCAGGAGGUGUGGACACGACAGCAGUAACCCUUCAGUGGGCCAUGUAUGAGCUGGCACGGGUCCCAGCCAUCCAGGAAAAGCUUAGGUCUGAAAUUCUAGCUGCCAGGGCAGCAUCUGGAAAUGACUUGGCAGCACUACUGAAGAGAAUCCCAUUGGUCAAAGCCGCGUUGAAAGAAACUCUGAGACUGCACCCUGUUGCUAUCACAUUACAGAGAUAUACCUGGAAGGAUACAGUUAUCCGCAACUACAUGAUACCAAAGGGGACUUUGGUGCAAGUUGGACUUUAUGCGAUGGGACGGAAUCCUGAUAUCUUCACUUUUCCUGAAAGGUUCUCUCCCGAGCGCUGGCUAGGGCAAGAAUCCACUCAUUUUAGAGGCUUAAGCUUUGGUUUUGGUCCUCGACAGUGUCUUGGCAGAAGAAUAGCAGAAAUGGAGAUGCAGCUUUUCCUCGUCCAUGUUCUGGAGAAUUUUAAGAUAGAGACAAACCGAAUGGUUGAAGUGGAAUCAACCUUUAAUCUCAUUCUCUUCCCUACCAGACCCAUUCAGUUAACCUUGUCCCCGUUAUCACUGAAUGGUUCAGAAAGACACUCCUAAGGACUUCUUGCUUCAUGGACAUGCCUGUAUAACACAUAUAGAUAACAAAUAAGAAGAUAUCAUUUGUUGGACCUGAGCAAGAAACAAUAAUCUGUCAAUAAAAUCACACACAAAAUAACAAGAAAUACAUGACAAAGAUCUGAUUUCUACCAAUGUAUUUGUACAGAUAUAAAGUACUAUUUUUUCUUGCUUGUUUGCUAUAUGCAGUAGGCCUUAAAACAGGAAAAUGUGGAUCUUCACAAAUGCAAAAAAUAUAUAUUAAAUUACACAAACAGUUCUAUACAAGUAUGCAAAAGCUGAAAUGUUUCUGUAAUUUGCUUUA